CCGCCUUUGAACAGAGAAGAGAGUUUCAUCUUCUUCGUAUCGGCGUGGACAGUGGAUAGUGUGGUGUGGAAGCUGGAGGAGAUCGUGGCAAUGGCAAAGAUGGAUGCGUGGGAAGAUGAAGAUUGAAGGGGUAAACAAAAACAUUUGGAUUUUGAGAAUUGAAGAACAGUUUUCAUGGGUUCUCUAAUGCAAUCUGAGCCAGAGAUGGAGAAAAAACCAGUAGGGAUACGAUUCUUGGAACGUAUCAAAGGCUCAAAGCUCUCUUACAAUGCUUAUCAAGCCAUAGUGUUGAUCGUGACGUUUCUCGCUUACGCUAGUUAUCACGCUGCAAGAAAAACAACAAGCAUUGUCAAAAGUGCUCUUGAUCCUCAAUCUCCAGAUACAGGACUAAACUCACUUCUUUUGAGGUUUACUUCGUUUGGAUCCGCUGUUAAAGAAGAAGGUGGUGGUUGGGCUCCUUUUAAUGGUCCGGAUGGUACAGUUUUGCUCGGUGAGAUCGAUGUCGCGUUUCUUGCGGUUUACGCUUUCGGAAUGUAUUUUGCUGGACAUUUGGGAGAUAGGAUGAAUCUUAGGAUCUUCUUGACGGUUGGAAUGAUAGGAACUGGAUUGUUUACUUCUCUGUUUGGAGUUGGUUAUUGGGCUAAUAUUCAUAGCUUUUACUAUUUCUUGAUUAUGCAAAUGUUAGCUGGAUUGUUUCAAUCUUCGGGUUGGCCAUCGGUUGUUGCGGUUGUUGGAAACUGGUUUAACAAGAAGAAGAGAGGUUUGAUUAUGGGAAUAUGGAAUGCUCAUACUUCUGUUGGGAACAUUACUGGCUCGUUGAUCGCUGCUGCGAUGUUGAGAUAUGGUUGGGGAUGGUCUUUUGUUGUUCCUGGUGUUAUCAUUGUGGUGAUUGGUUUGGUGAAUUUCGCUUUCUUGCCUGUUAAUCCAGAGAUUGUUGGAGCAGAGCGAGACCAGGAUCUUGAUUCUUCGUCUGAGAAGAUCGGAAACUCUGUUAACGAGGCAUUACUAUUGAGCUCGUCGGAUUCGGAAACCGAUGACAAGAAACGAGCUGUUGGAUUCAUUGAAGCGUGGAGGAUUCCCGGAGUUGCGCCUUUCGCGCUUUGUCUCUUCUUUGCUAAAUUGGUUGCUUACACUUUCCUCUACUGGCUCCCAUUUUACGUUAGCCAUACAGCGAUUGAAGGCGAGUAUUUAUCGGACGAAACAGCGGGAAAUCUUUCGACAAUGUUCGAUGUAGGAGGUGUGGUUGGAGGAAUCAUGGCUGGUUACAUUUCAGACCGAAUUGGAGCAAGAGCGAUUACCGCUGCGAGUUUCAUGUACUGCUCAAUCCCAGCUUUGUUCUUCUACCGAAGCUACGGACAUGUUUCGUUACUAGCCAAUGCCUCUCUCAUGUUCCUAACCGGAAUGUUGGUUAAUGGACCUUACGCUCUGAUCACAACAGCUGUUUCAGCCGAUCUUGGAACACAUAGCUCGUUGAAAGGAAACUCGAGAGCUUUGGCUACGGUAACGGCUAUAAUCGAUGGAACGGGAUCCGUUGGAGCGGCGGUUGGGCCAUUACUAACAGGUUACAUAUCGUCUAGGGGUAGCUGGAGCGCGGUUUUCACAAUGUUGAUGGGAGCUGCGUUUGUGGCUGGACUAUUGUUGACGAGGCUGGUUAUGGCCGAAGUAGCGGAGAAGAUAGCUGAGUCGAGACCAUCAGAGGAAUGUAGAUCUCCGGUGGACUACGUCCAAGAUCAUGUGAUGGAAGUGUGAUCACCAACUUUGAUCGCCAUUUUUUUAGUAGCGUUUUAAGUUGUGUUUAUUUUUUCAUAGGGAAGAUUUCGGACCGGAGUUUUGGUCUGUGGGAAUUUGUAAACAUGUAAUCUGUAUUGUGAUGUACAUAAAUUACUAUAUAUAUAUCGAUUUGAUCAACUUCUCAAAAGAAAUAAAACCUCAAAAUUACC